ACUUAAGCUGUUCGUGUGAGAGCGAUGGCACGCACAAAGCAGACAGCGCGUAAGUCGACGGGCGGGAAGGCGCCCCGCAAGCAGCUGGCCACCAAGGCGGCCCGCAAGAGCGCGCCGGCCACGGGCGGCGUGAAGAAGCCGCACCGCUACCGGCCCGGCACGGUGGCGCUGCGCGAGAUCCGGCGCUACCAGAAGUCGACGGAGCUGCUGAUCCGCAAGCUGCCCUUCCAGCGCCUGGUGCGCGAGAUCGCGCAGGACUUCAAGACCGACCUGCGCUUCCAGAGCUCGGCCGUCAUGGCGCUGCAGGAGGCCAGCGAGGCCUACCUGGUGGGGCUCUUCGAGGACACCAACCUCUGUGCCAUCCACGCCAAGCGUGUCACCAUCAUGCCCAAGGACAUCCAGCUGGCCCGACGCAUCCGCGGUGAACGUGCAUAAACUGGUUUAAAAGAUCGCUGUGUAUUUAAGAACAUUUUAACCAACACAAAGGCUCUUUUAAGAGCCACUACAUCCACCAUAAAAAGAGCUGUAACAUUGCAAUUAUUUUAUUGAUAUUUGUGUUGCCUGAAAAUAUUCCUAUGCUUUACUUUAUUCAGGUUGAUGGAUUAAGCAAUAAAUUUUUCAGAACUGUUACACAUGAUCAGGGCAACCAGCACUGUGGAUCGCAUUGAGCUGUGUGGUGAGUACACUGAAACUUCCUCAGUUUCCCUCUGAGUUGCAUGAAGAGACUGAGCUGACAUCAAACUGAAUACCAAGUGGCACCCUAAUUUUAGCAUGUACGUGAAAAUCUUUGAAAG